GUCCCGCGCCUUCGGCGGAGGCUUAUGCCGGUUGUGUAAACGCUGCGGCCUUUGAACUCGAGCCGGCGUGACAGGAAGCGCCAGGGAGGCCGUCCGAGCGGUUUCCUUUGCUUCCGCCGCUUGCACGACCCCGCGGAGCUGCCGUCCUUGCCUGCCGGGGCGGCAUGGCAGCCUCAAGCGCCACGGGACUUCUGCUGCUCCGGGUAGCUGCGGCCUCCUCCUCCCGCGUCCUCGCAACGCCUGGCAGCACCGGCAGAAGCUGGGGCAGCGCUACCAAGCUAGGCCCCGGCCGGCUCUUCCAUGCCUCGGCACGGGCUCGCCUCAGCUCAGAAGAUAAGGUUACUGUGCACUUCAUAAAUCGGGAUGGUGACAAGUUAACAGGCCAAGGGAAGGUUGGAGACUCUCUUCUAGAUGUUGUGGUUGAUAACAAUCUAGACAUAGAUGGGUUUGGUGCAUGUGAAGGAACACUUGCAUGCUCUACUUGUCACUUAAUCUUUGAAGAUCAUAUAUUUGAAAAAUUAGAUGCAAUCACUGAUGAGGAAAUGGAUAUGCUGGACCUUGCCUAUGGGUUGACAAAUAGAUCUCGAUUGGGUUGUCAAAUCUGCUUGAAGAAAUCUAUGGAAGGUAUGACUGUCAAAGUGCCUGAAGCUGUUGCUGAUGCUCGACAGACCAUGGAUAUGAGCAAGACCUCUUAAAAUAUGGCCUUUAGAGUGUGUGUUGUGGCAUUAAAAACAUUUUUAUAAUUUAUUUUUAGAUGUUUAAUGAAAUAUGGUAAGAUAAACAUGCAUUCUAUGAUUAUCAAUAUUAAGUUAUCAUGAAUUACUUUAUGUUUAUAUUUUAUGAUUCUAAAAUCAGAAAAUAGAGGAUUAUAGAAUGCUAGACACACAGUAUGGUAAGAAAGCAGCUAUUUUUCUCACAAACACUUUUAUUUCUUUGCAUUAGUGAUUAGUGAUUAUUAAAAAAUAGCUUUCAGAUCCCUAGGGAAUAUUCCCUAGGGCAUAAUGAUUUUACUUCACUAUACUGGAUGCCGGGUUCAAGAUACAUGAUAGCUGGAGUCUCAUUUUUUGAAUUAUCAUCUCCUGGAGCACUGUAAGUAUGUUAUCAGAGUGUAAGUUUCUUCUCAGCUGAAAGGAUGGUGAUGUUACACAGACAUCAUUUGCAUUAUUAUAAACAUUUGUUAGAGUCUUAGGAAAUGUGAAGGUCAGAAGAUGGUGCAACAUAGCUAUGGUUUGGAAAUAGAGGUCUUGAUCUAGAAUAUGCGUUACUGCAAAUACAUAUGUAUGUUUUUCACUUGGUCUUACGAUCAAGCAUGCACAGAUUUGUUUUUUGAGUAGUUGAUAAAAUCAAUUCUGGUCAUAAAUUUAACUUUUGAAAAUUUUAGGUACUUUAAACAUUGCAAUUAUGUGUCUAAUUCUAUUAAUCCCAAUUCAUGGGAUUUAGAUAACUACAUGUUGUGUUCGGAAAGAACAGCAGGGUAAUUUUGAGAUAUAUUUAUUGGAAGCAAAUAUUUCAGCUUCCAGCCUUAUCAGUAGCUGUUUUGUUAAAUGUUGUCAGUCUAUGUAUAUUUCUUAGGGAGCAAUCCCAUGGCGCCUGGUCAACAUCUGAGCAGCCAUAGGAUACUUUGGAUUCCCAGAUCUUCUCCCUUUUCCAGCUGCCUUAAGAAAAAAUGCCCUAGGAGAUCCCUAGGAUCAGAAAAGUAACCUCAGAGGGAUAAAAAGGGACUGGGGGUGGGGCAGAGACUGAUGAGACAAGUGCUUCCACAGCCUCCUUCCUUUCAUUCUGAUAUCCUUUUGCUAGUUGUGCAAAAAAGGCCUUUUAGCAAAAAUGCAGGAUAGUGAGGUGAACAUUGCCUGUAUCAUUCUUCCUGCCUGCAUAUAAUGCUUGUAAACCUCCAGCUUUGGGAGCUUAUGAUCCUCAUAAUAGGUUUGUGACCCUGGUAUACUUUCAUUUAAAACUGACAAAAGGCUCCUUAUUGCUUUGCUAUUGUGUGCUUUACACCUACCUGUCUUUCUUCCUCUUUUAUAUAAAAACACAAUAUAUGUAGCAUUUACAAUUAUUUUGA